CUCCUAAUUCCUAUACACUUACCCAUUUGCCCAAAGCUUAACCUCGAGUCCGUCGAGAGUGAGAGACAAACCGGAACUACAACAACAAGAAUUCUUUUACCAGCACCAACUCAGACGAUACUUGAUCAAAUCUAGGGUUUCCAAAGUUCAUCUUCCUUUUCCAUUCCAACAGGUCUGGUUCAAGCCCAAUUUUCCAUGUAUUAUGUGAGCAGUGCCUUUACAUGGCACUGACAUCAUCAGUUGUGCGUUGUUGCUCGUAUUUCAAUGAGAAGAACUUUAAAAGUGCAAAAUCAUUCGAGGCAGAGAAAGGAUACACGAAUGCAAUUGGUAGAAAUAUGCGAAUUAGCAGUAUUGUUCGCUCGAAACUAUCCAAGUUGUGUUCUCGAUCAAACAAUGAGGGUGCUCAAAAGCUAUUGCAGGAGAUGAACCAUUAUGGCACUGCAAGCACCUCAGAUCGUGCGAAGUUGUUGAGUAAGAUUUCCGUUUGUUUGGGUUAUAAAAGUGUGAAAGAUUUACUUGGAAAUGAAAAUUUCCUGGCAAAAUCAGUUGUAGAUCUAAAAGAUGGGGUAGACGACUUAGGGUUUCUACUGACCUGCGAAAGAUUUGCAUGUAUCACUUUGGGUAGUGCUUCACCAAUUGAAUUGUAUGGCGAGAUUAAGUCGGGAGGAAAUCAGUUACCAGCUCAAAGUGAUAAGGUUUUCCCAAGUUCUCCAGGUGGGAAAUUACUUAAUCAAGAGGGGCAGAACCAAAAACCUUAUUCUUUGGGCCCUCCCAUUUCUGAUGAAAAAAUAUCUUCACUAGAGGAUGAAUCUUCCAAUGCGUUUCUUGCACUUUCUGAAGGGCAGCCUCUUGACGUAGAGAGACUGAAUGAAAGGUCGUCUCUGGCUCUUCCCAUUUCUGAUGAUAAACUUUUUUCAUUAGAGGAGGGAACUACUGAUGUGGUUCCUUUAUCUCCUCCUCCCCAAAAGAAUUCGAUUCAUAAAGCUACUGCAAAGGAGUCUCACAUUAAUUUGGUCAGGGAAUCACAACAAAAUACAUCAUUGCCCAAGUUGAAUCUUGACACUCCUCUGAGCAGUAUACCAAGAUUAAGUAGCAGACAGUGUCAGCAGCUUGAAAAAGUUGGCUUUCACACGGUGAGAAAGUUGCUAAAUCAUUUUCCUCGCACAUACGCCGAUCUACAAAAUGUCCAGGGUGAAGUUGACGAGGGUAACUAUUUGAUAUCCACAGGGAAAGUCAUAUCUUCAAGGGGGAUUAGAGCGAGUUCGUUUCUCUCAUUCCUAGAGGUUAUCGUGGGUUGUGAAAUUAGAAAUGAUAUAUUAGCAUCUAGACGUGGUCAUGAUGAUGAUCAUUCUGGUGAUACUACAAAAAGAAAGAUGGUUUAUUUGCAUCUAAAGAAAUUCUUCCGUGGUCCUCGAUUUACCAAUCAGUAUUUUCUAGAUAUCAUUCAGUCCAAGCAUAAAGCGGGAGAUUUCGUAUGUGUUACUGGUAAGGUCAAGUUAAUGCCUGCCAAAGAUCACUAUGAGUUGAAAGAAUACAAUAUUGACAUCAUCCAAAGUGAGAAAGAAUCAUCAGUUCACGGAGAAGGAAGGCCAUAUCCUAUAUAUCCAUCAAAAGUAGGCUUGACUCCAACUUUUCUUAGAGAAACCAUUUCCAGAGCCUUGCAAUCAUUAUCAACAGAUAUAGAUCCUCUUCCCAAAAAUAUCUGCGAGGAGUACGCAUUAUUAGGUCUUCAUGACGCAUAUAUGGGAAUCCACUGUCCAAAGGACUCAAAAGAAGCUGAUUUAGCUCGCAAGAGGCUAAUAUUCGAUGACUUCUUCUACCUUCAGUUGGGACGACUGUUUCAAAUGGUCGAACCGCUUGGAUCAUGGAUAGAAAGAGAUGAAUUGUUGGAUAGUUAUAGAAAACAUGAACCUGAUGCUGCUGUUGCUGAAGGGUGGUCCAGCCUCACCAAGAAGUUUGUGGAGGCUCUUCCUUAUAAACUUACACCUAGUCAGCUAAAUGCAAUCUCAGAAAUUAUUCGGGAUCUGAAGCGUCCAGUUCCUAUGAACCGGCUUGUACAGGGAGAAGUUGGAUGUGGGAAAACUGUGGUUGCUUUUUUGGCAUGCAUGGAGGUUGUUACUUCUGGUUUUCAGGCAGCUUUCAUGGUUCCAACUGAACUGCUCGCAAUACAGCAUCAUGAGCACUUGCUUAAGUUGCUUGAGAACGUUGAUGACCAGUCUAAACCUUCAAUCGCUCUACUAACUGGUUCUACCACAGCAAGACAAUCGAGGAUAAUUCGUCAGGGUCUCCAAAAUGGAGAUAUCUCGUUGGUAAUUGGGACUCACAGUCUAUUUGCCGACAAAGUGGAAUUUUCAGCUUUACGUAUUGCUAUAGUAGAUGAGCAACACCGUUUUGGUGUGAUCCAGAGAGGAACUUUCACUAGUAAGUUAUAUACGGGAUCAGGAAACUCAAAGAUGAGUGAGAGCACGGCUUGUUUACCCAAAGACGAAGUCUACAUGGCCCCUCAUGUUCUAGCCAUGUCUGCCACACCUAUUCCAAGAUCACUUGCUUUGGCAUUAUAUGGAGACAUGUCUCUCACCCAAAUUACAGAUUUACCUCCUGGGAGAAUACCAGUAGAGACAUUUGUUUUGCAAGGGAACAGUGUUUGUGAUGAUAAUGUGAAUCAGAUGAUACGAGAUGAAUUAGAAGCAGGAGGAAAGGUCUUUAUUGUUUAUCCAAUAAUAGAAACAUCUGAGAAGCUGCCACAGGUUCGUGCAGCUGCAACAGAUUUCGACGCUGUAUCGUGUGUUUUUGAGGUUUACAAAUGUGGUUUAUUACAUGGAAGAAUGAAAGGUGAUGAGAAAGAAGAAGCUCUGCAGAAGUUUAGAUCCGGAGAAAUUCGUAUACUGCUUUCGACUCAAGUGAUUGAAAUUGGAGUUGAUGUCCCCGAUGCAUCCAUGAUGGUUGUUAUGAAUUCUGAGAGAUUUGGAUUUGCACAGCUACAUCAACUAAGAGGCCGAGUCGGACGAGGGUCGAGGAAGUCAAAGUGUAUAUUUCUUUCAUCUACGGCUAGUGGUAUAAACCGAUUGAAGACCUUAGCAGAAUCAUCUGAUGGAUUUCACUUAGCGAAUAUGGACCUUGCUCUUCGUGGUCCAGGAGAUUUGCUGGGUAAGAAACAGUCAGGGCACCUUCCAGAGUUUCCUAUAGCAAGGUUGGAAGUGGAUGGAGGUAUUCUUGAAGAUGCACAUAUUGCUGCACUGAAAACUUUGAUUGCUUCCCAUGAUCUAGAGCAAUUUCCAAAGCUCAAAGCUGAACUUAGCAUGCGACAACCACUUUGUAUACUGGGCGAUUAAUUAAUCUCUCUGCCAGUACACCAGGAGUGCGGAGAUCAUGAGUAAAGCUUAUGUUGUACAUUGUUUGUGUGAUUCUGAUUGGCAGGAGAAUCUUAAUCUUUAUUUUUGUUUUGUUGUAUACUGAAUUUGUACAAACUGGUUCUUAAAGAACACAGCUCCAAAUCGCUUAUUUAUUAAGUAGCUACCCCAAAAUUGGAUCUUCCUUAA